UUGCCAUCAGCUAUGCAAGUGCAUCGGACUAUUGAGAGCUUAGCGUAAUCUGUGGAGGAUUCAUUUUCAUACCGCUGUGAGAUGCGUUACUUGGUCUAUCUGCUUAUUAGCCUUCAGCUAUACGUUGGACUGCAGUGUCAGACCUUGCCUGCCAAGAUAAAGAAAUGUCACUACGGCGACGGCAAGUGCCUGGUGGAAUCGACCAAUGCUCUGUUGAGGACCUACCCAAAGGGCAUUCCCGAGGUCAGUCUGAAGCCCUUUAAUGUGGUGCCCGUGCGGGAUUGGCUGCUGGUCAACGACUCCCAGGUGGGUGGGGCCUGGUACUUCUUCGAGCUACUCAAUCAGAUCAACUACGGCUUCGAGAACACCACCAUCACGGAGAUCCUGGGCUUCGACCGGGACCCCACCUCCUCCAAGAUAGAAAUUCACGGAAAGAUUCCCCGACUGGUCUACAAGGGCGACUAUCUGGCCAAAGGUCGGAUGCUUUGGUUCGUGGAUAUAAACUCACACGGAACCUCCGAGUCAGAUUUUCUCAAUUUCCGGUUCGGUCUUACGUUAAAAGUGCGCAUCGAGUACAGGAACAAUAAGCGAUAUCUGAAGAUCUAUCAACUGGUCCCGAAUAUAAGGCUUGACCGGUGGAUUAUGUGGCUGGACAACUUCUUUCCGGAUAACUACGAUCUGACCAUAGCAAUUAACAAUUUGUUUAAUCGCAACUGGGUGGAGUUCUGGAACGAAUUGGAGCCGGGUAUCCUGCCCCUGUUUGAAACCGUCUUUCUUGGCAUGAUCGAGGAUCUAUUUGAAAAAGUACCUUACGAUGAUCUGUUCCUAGCUGAUGAAGACUCUAAGUAGACUUAAGCUUGGCAGCAUUUACUUAAACAUUGUUGGUAGUAAAAUUGUAAAAAUCUCUAUAGAUGUUUUCUUUAAAUUAUUUUUAGCUCACUUAACAAAUGUGAUAGCAUACACCCCACAGAUAAGCAGUUUGAAAAAAUACACCUCUUUGUAGAAUAAGAAUAAAUGAAAUGAAAACUA